AUGAACGUCAGGACGAUGAAUGCCACCGCCGUAGAGAAGGCUCUCUGCGUUGGCUGGUCGAGCGGUAUCAUCGCAGACAGCGAGUUAGAUGCCACAUCACAGAAGACGCCUCAAACGAGAGGAGUUCUUGCUUUUAGGGAGAAUGGAGCGGUCUCUUCGUGCACCCAAGCAUCCUUCUGGAUCACUGGCACGAGAUAUCGGACCCAUCGCGCCAUCCAACGGCCGAUUGGUUUAGUGAUGAACAGUCUGGAUGCCCAGGUUGCAUGGAAGGAUCCGUCGCGAUCCAUAGACACGCGCCCAUUGGGGAGCGAAGCCCACCCUCAAGACUUGGUGGGUGGUAUGGAGGAGGACUAG